CGGUGUCGCGGGCCAGGUGGAACAGCCGCGGGUCGGAACGGUCAGGGGGCCGGGGCCUGCCGCGGGCAAGUGGCCGAGGAAGCGCUGGGAACGGUCUGCUACAAUGAUGCUAUUGCACAGAUCGGUGGUCCCUGGGCUCCAGAGGGCCUGCAGACUGAAGUCAACUUCCAAGCUUUGCAUUCAGGCCUGCUCCACAAAUGAUUCAUAUAAGCCGCAGCACCCCAGCUUCACUUUUGCUGGUGGUGACUCCAACACCAGGGGAUGGAGAGUAAUGGGGGCUUUACUAGGCCUUGGUGCAGUGUUUGCCUAUCAUGAUCACCGGUGCAGGGCUGCGAAGAAGGUACCACGCAUAUAUACGAGGGAGGAAGUGAAAUCCCACUGCACUCCAGAGACUAGGAUCUGGGUAACUCUAGGCAGUGAGGUAUUUGAUGUCACUGAGUUUGUAGCUCAACACCCAGGGGGACCAUCAAAGCUGAUGCUAGCAGCUGGAGGGCCUUUAGAGCCCUUCUGGGCCCUCUAUGCUGUUCACAAUCAGCCCCAUAUACGCGAGUUACUGGCUGAGUACAAAAUUGGGGAACUGAGCCCCGAAGACAAGGCACCCUCCACCUUGAAGACUGCUGACCCUUAUGCUGAUGAUCCUAUACGUCAUCCAGCCUUGAAUGUCAACAGCCAGCGACCCUUUAAUGCAGAGCCCCCGCCUGGGCUGCUGACUGACAAGUACAUUACACCCAACUCUAUCUUCUUCACAAGGAACCAUCUACCUGUACCUAACCUGGAUGCAAAAACCUAUCGCCUGUGCGUAGUAGGGCCACAUGGGCGAAAGUCACUGUCCCUCUCCCUGGAUGAUUUGCGCCGCUUCCCCAAACAUGAGAUCACCGUAACUCUACAAUGUGCUGGCAACAGGCGAUCUGAGAUGACUCAGUUCAAAGAAGUAAAAGGUCUGGAUUGGCAAAUAGGGGCCAUUAGCACCGCACACUGGGCUGGAGCACGACUCUGUGAUGUGUUAGCCAAGGCCGGUCACAAACUCUCUGAAACUGAGGCCCACGUCUGCUUUGAGGGGCUGGACUCUGACUCCACCGGAACUACCUACGGUGCAUCCAUCCCUCUGGCUCGGGCGAUGAACCCUGAAGCUGAGGUCCUGCUGGCAUAUGAGAUGAAUGGGGAGCCUCUGCCUCGUGACCAUGGCUUCCCUGUCCGGGUGGUGGUUCCUGGUGUGGUGGGCGCUCGCCACGUCAAAUGGCUAGGAAAAGUGAGUGUGGAAUUAGAGGAAAGUCACAGCCACUGGCAGCGACGGGAUUACAAAGGUUUCUGUCCAUCUGUAGACUGGGACACAGUAAAUUUUGAUUCUGCUCCAUCUAUUCAGGAACUUCCCAUACAAUCGGCCAUCACAGAACCCCAAAAUGGGGAAACGAUAGAAUCAGGAGAGGUAACUGUCAAGGGCUAUGCAUGGAGUGGUGGUGGAAGAGCUGUGGUCCGGGUGGACGUGUCUCUGGACGGGGGCCUAACGUGGCAGACAGCUAAGCUAGAUGAAGAGGAACAGAGGCCCCGGAAGGCCUGGGCCUGGAGGCUAUGGCAGCUACAGGCCCCUGUGCCACCUGGGAAGAAAGAAUUGAACAUUAUUUGUAAGGCUGUAGAUGACAGCUACAAUGUGCAGCCAGACACUGUGUCCCCAAUCUGGAACCUGCGAGGUGUGCUCAGCAAUGCAUGGCACCGCGUUCAUGUCCAUGUGGCACCAUAAGUGAAAAAGAACCAUUCCUUCCCACCCCCCAAGAAACACCUUGUGAUCUCUUUCCACACCCACUCAACAUCUGUUGGCCUUAUUAUAAUAGUACAAAAGGUUUUCCCAGGGCAGGAGAGAUAGCAUAGCAAGUAGAGUAUUUGUUUUGCAUAUGACCAAUCUGGGUUGGAUCCCUA